UCUAAUCAUUGGUGUUGUUGUCUGUUUGCACUAUAAUUAGGAGUAGUUGGUGGGUAUCUAACUCUUAGUUUUUUUUUUUUUUUUUAAGUGUGGGGGCUGCUUAACAGUUUUAUCUGUCCAUAAAGUCAUAAUCACUUUGUAAAUGAGAGUAAUAAUUAUAACUUUCCAUUGCCAUUUACACAACAGAUUGUCUGGCAAAAGCAUGCAUGCGACUUAGAUUAAUAUUUGUCCAAAUCUCUUUUGUUUCCCCCUCUCACUUGAGCAUUAUCGAUUAUAUUGUCUGCCUCAUUAUUCAAAAUACACAAAUAUUCAUUAGAAAUUAGUCUCCAAUUGUUCUCUGACAACUUGUCUUCUUAAUUAUGCUGAAUAAGGGGGGAAAGUUAUGUUCUUGAUUACCACCACUCUCUAACAUAAAAGAAGAAUCCAAUAAUACUCGAACCAAGAUCUUCAUCUACAGUCUAGGGAUGGGCUUUGGCUCCCGCAGAGCCCAAUUCCAUGUGUUAGAAUACGGGGUAAAAUUCGUUAUUGAAUCUCUCCAAAUAAUUCGAUUCAUUGAGAUCAAAGAUUUUUACACAGUAUUAGAAUUAUUGUGACAAAAAAAGGUCUUCUUUUGAAUUCCGACGAUCUCAUUUCUGGUGUAAACUUCAAGUCAAAUGACUGGCGGCUUGAGUUUGAGGGGGGCGUGUUAUUAUACAGUAUAAGAUCCAUUACCGAACCUCUUCCAACAACUCGCGAUGUGCAAAAUUCAAACCCAUACAAGCAACAAUGUUAAUAUAUGGUAUAAGUUUCAUUAUUAAUUCUCUCUCGACAACUCAAAAAUCUCAUCCAAUCACUACUCUAAAGGAUGGUAUUAUAUAGUUGUCGAAAACACAUUGUUUGUAUCUAGAUUAAGUACGACACAUGGAAGAAAAACCCCAACAAGGGAAUCUGGUUGUCGUGCGGUAAAUAUAGUUGAAAAAAAUUUGGGAGCCAAUCUCUAUGCUCGACUAAACGACAUCCCACACCGUUUGAUUAUGCUAUAAGACAUAUUAGGGUUCUCCGUUUUGUUCGUACUCAACUGGGUUUCUACAUGUCUUAGUAACUGUAAUAACGGUAAGUUAGUUUUUAGAAGCACGUGUUUGUUUGACAUGGGUAAAACCUAGCUAGCCAGCACACGCUUGAAGUUGAAGGUCGGUCCAGGGAGGGACAUGCACAAGUAAACGUACAUUGUACUGGUAAAGUGUUGAUGCUAAAUACAAUUAAGGACUAAAUGGGCAAAAGAAGAAUCAAUCUCAAACGGCAAAGAAGAAUCAUUUCCCAUAGACCAAAGCCACAAACAUGUACGAUGUGCAAAUAAAAAUUUCAUUCAAAGUGAUGAGCGAGGUAGAGGAUACUAUACUAGAGCACUACUGCUUGCAUAUGGACCUCAGACUAACAGGAUUCUUUUCACCGAAUCACUAAGUGGUUGACAAGACGGUUAAUCGAAUUGGAUAGAUCUAUAACAGAACUACAAACAAGUUCCUAUAUCACAUGCGAGAGUCAAGGGGCGAGAAUCUCGAUACAAGAAACAAAAAUAUGAUCGAGAAUGGCUGAUCUUUGGUUAAGCCAACGUGAGUCGCAACUGAUGUUCAAGGUAAUUCCUCAUUUGAGUAAUAGACUAAGUGAAGUAGAUGAAUACCUGAUUGACUCUUAGUUUUUUGACUCGCCAAUUGUCAAUGAUACUGUUUUUUAUGAUGAGAAGGUCAAGGAAGAAGCUAUUGGUAAGGUCGACACAAGUGUGAGUUUAAUUGAUGAAAUGAGGAAGCUGCUAAUAAGGUCGAUUCUAACAAAUGUUUGAUUGAUGAUGAAUCUGAAACAGAUGGAUGGUCUAGUGCAGAUGAGUAUGAUUUAGAAGAUGUUGAGAUCUCGAUCCACCACUUUGACAAGAAAUCUAAUGAAAACUGAUGAUGAAUGAGAGGGGAGUUGAGAUUUUUUGGGUUCAUGUAGUCUUUAGUUGGGUUCAUCAUCCCUGGUAACUUCUCUAGUUUGUGGCCUGGUGCUUUACUGCUUUGGUCUUCCAUGCACACAAGUUUGAUAGAUCGAAGUUCCAUAGAUGGAAAUGAUACACACUAGGGGGAGUUCAAAUGGUUACCAUGAUAAUUACCAAACCAAAUAAACUCAAAUUCUAUUAACCAUGGAAUACAAUAUCAUAACCAAACCGUCCAAACUAAUACAAAAGCCAAAUUAACCAAACUAAAGUUUAAUAGGUUUGGUUAAUUGGUUAACCAAAAUAACCGAUAUAACAUAACAUUUUCAUUAGGUGAGAAAACUUUCAGUUAAUGCAUCAAUUCACAAUCUAUAUAAUGAAUAACACAUAGUUAUAGUUAACACUCAACAUAAAUACAUUUAACUAAUAAAACUAUCUCAAUAGAAGUAUUCAACAAACAAAAAUAUAUGUCAAUGAUAUGAGGUUUGUUUAGUUUGUGUGAAUUGACUUAGUCUCUUAACAAUUAUCAUAGACUGAAAAAGACCUUCCUUCAAGUUUUCAUCCAACAUAAUGUAUGAGUUUGAUCUAAAUUAGACGUCUAUAUGUUAUGGUCUACACUCUAUAAAAACAAAUAUACAGUAUAAAGAGCUUUAUUUUUUAUGAGCCUAAAAAAAAUGAAUGUUUGACUUUUGAGUGGUUAUGCAAAGUAUUAAAUAUGUGUAUAUAAUAUAUUAUAUACAUGACUAAUUACUUAUCUAGUUAAUUUGGUUUGAUUGGUUAGAUGUGUCUGAAAUCAAUCCAAACAAGCUAAAAAUUUAACCAAAUCAAACCAGUUAUCCAAAUUAACCAAACCAUAUUAUCUAACUACUACCAGUUUUAGUUAAAACGAUUACCACGACAACCACUCAAUUUCAACCCUAAUACCCACCAUCUAAACCCCCCUUCUCCGCUGUAAAAACUAAAAAGUAAAAAAAAAAAAAAAAAGACAUCUACUCUCACAAAGAAAACCAAAAGGAAAAGGAAAAGGAAACACAAAAAGCCAAAAGGGAAGACGGUUAUUAGAAAACACAAAUUACCUGACUGACUCUCUCUUUCCUCUCCAAACACAUUUAAUCAAAACCAUUUCCCCUUCUUCUUCUCCCCCACGCUCUCACAUUUCCUCCUCAUCCACCUUCGGUUACUCUGAAACCUCCGCCUCCAUUCUCUCUCUCUCUCUCUCUCUCACCAAACCUCUACACCACAUUGAAACCAAAAACCCAAUCCCACAGUUCAAUUCCCCCCCUCUACAACGAUGAGAGACUUCGUGUCCUGUUUCAGCGAGAACGCCAUUAACGUGGCUACCCAACAACCCCACCAUCAGUACUCCUUCUCCUGCUCCUCCUCCGCCGCCGCCGCCGUCGUCUCCUCCCCAGUCACCGCCGCCGCUUCUUCUUCCUCCUCCUCGGCCUCCCCCUCCGCGGCGGCGACUCCUUCCGUACAGAACGCCGUCUCUUCCCUCUACCGAAUCAGCCUCUCCUCCCACAAGAAGCCCCUCCUCUUAUCCGUCACAUGGGCCCGCUUCCAGUCCGCGGCCCAACAGGGGCUCACCAUCUCCAACGGCCCGUCCACCUUCAAGCUCAACACCAGCUCCGGCCUCUUCCGCAAGAAGAAGGGCAGCCGCUCGAUCGACGCCGGCGGACCCGAUUCCAAAUUCGACGUCUAUUGGGAUCUCUCCUCCGCCCGCUACGACUCCGGCCCGGAGCCCCUCGACGGGUUCUACGUCAUCGUUUUGAUCGAUUCCGAAAUUGCCCUCGUCCUCGGCGACCUGGCCGACGAAUCCGCCGUUCUGUCCAAGAAAUUGCUGAGGGCGGCGCCGGCCGCCGCCAAAGUGAGCUUGAUUUCGAGGCAAGAGCAUUGCUCUGGGAGCACUCUGUACUCCACUAAAGCUCGAUUCUCCGAGACCGGCGGCCAGCACGAUAUCCUGAUUAAAUGCAGCGGCGGCGGCGGCGCGGGGGAGAAGGAAGGGCUGAAGCAGAGGCACCACCACCCUGUUCUCUCCGUUUGUAUCGAUAAGAAGGUUGUGAUUCGGGUGAAGAGGUUGCAGUGGAAUUUCAGAGGGAACCAAACGAUUUUCGUUGAUGGGUUGCUUGUGGAUCUGAUGUGGGAUGUACAUGACUGGUUCUUUCACCCGGCGGCGGCGACGGCGACGGCUGCUGCAGCGGCGGUGUUUAUGUUCCGGACGAGGAGUGGGCUGGACAGCAGGCUGUGGCUGGAGGAGAAAUUAGCGCAGAAGGAAGAACAGCUUCAGCAGCAGCAACAGCAGAGACUGGAAUUCUCAUUGCUGAUUUACGCCUGUAAGAGCCCUUAAUAAGAGCUUGCUUUGCUAGCUUCAGUGGAAGGGGAAAGUUAUUUACUUAUUGACUGAUUUGGUUUCCCUUUCCCUUUUUUGUUUUUGGUUUUGGGUUCUCUUCGAUCUUUCUGCUCGAAAGAGAAGGGGCCAUAGCUAAUCUGAUAAAAAAGAAGAAUUCUUUUGGUAAUAAUUUGUAGAUUUGUGGGAAGCUUGAGUUAUGCAGAAAUUAUGUGAAGAACCUUUGACAAUUUGUUUUUUUGUUUGCCACUCACACACAGCAGAAACAGAAUUCCCCUGUUUUUCUUUUUUCCACCAACAGAACUGUUCUGUGACUCUGUUUUUCAUCUUUGGCAUGUAGCUAAAAUGUUUCCUCUGUUUUAUGAGAAUUUGUCGAAGAGAGUUUAGCAGAUUAUUUACCACAUUUUGCUGCGAUAAUGUGCAUUCAACGAUUGUGGAUCUUGAAACAUUUCCGGGUUUAUGUAUUAUGAAUUGAUGAUCAAGUUGUAGGAAGAAAGAAGAGUAUUCCUGAGAGGGAAAGCUUACACAAUCUUCUAGAGGGGGGAAUAUGAAUGAUUGGUUUGGUUGACACUAUAUAGGAAAAGAAAAGAGAGAUGUUACCCAGUUCAGCUUUCAAGGAAGAUAUUGAUAAAAAGGAAGCAGAUAUGGAUGAAGAUUUGAGAUUUCCUCCCUUUUGAUCUCAACUAGAUGAGAUUGCUCGGACCAACAAUGGCGGGUACAAAGAGAUAAGAUCCAAACCCUAAAAAGAGAAAUGAAACUAGGGAGCCAGCCUGUGAAAUAAGCCGUUGACCAUUGACAAUUAGACUCUACAAUUCCAUUCCAUUCUACAGAGAUAAACUUCUGCCCUCCCUGCUUCUUCUGCAGGUAUUGGGAAAUGCAGGACUUGUUUUAGUAGCCAAAUCUUGAAUUUUGAAUCAUUUGCUCCAAAACAAAAACAAAAUCCAAGAUUGUCAGCUCGCUGCUGUUGGUUCCUGCUUCUUUUUGGGUUCUUAUAGAUUCUUCUUCUCAACUCGGCUAUCGUGCUUACAUGGACCAGCCAUGCUACUUCUAUAUCGUUACUUAGGCGGGUUUUCGAUAUUCCACUCGACUCGUGUAUUUUCAAUCCUUCGAAAGGUGUCGAAUUUCGACGCUAUUACAUUAUUACUACACACAUUUCAAGAUGAAAGGGUUUUGAAAACUGCUAAUCAAAUCUUUGUGUAGGGAGGGGUAGAGAAAGAAUUGGUUUUUUUUGCCAGAGUCAAACUGGGUGCCAGAUUGGUCCAAAAAAGGGCAGAAUCAAUACUUCCACUAAUGAGCAACACUACUACUUGCCUUGCCCUGUACUUGUCUUUCUCAUUCAAGUGGUAAGAAAAAUUGAUGCCCCUGACCUUGUUGUUAAAAGGGGACCAUUUCCAUUGACAGGUUCCCUCAUUUGGCCCACUGUGCCCUAGGGUUUAAUUAGGAGCCCUUAAACUAGAUAUCAGAAGAACAGAGGUAAAUAAGGAAACCAGAGUGGCUGCUAGUGCUACAACCCUCUACUACUGAAAGCACCCAAAUCAUGGAGCGGGAGAACAAUCAUGCACUACAGAGAGAUUUGUAUACCGGUUCCAGGAACAAUGAUCAACAAAACCGAACCAGAGCAGACUCUGUUUUUUGGUUUUGGGUAAUCAUGGUUCCAAGUAUCCAAUCUUCCAUGUACAGGACACGUAUUGUUAACUUUAAUUAAUGGGUUUGAUGAGUAAUUUAUUGUUUCCUCCAUGCUUGUGGUUUUUUGGGUUGAGGGGGAGUGCUCUGUUUUUAUUUCUUCUUGAUUCCGUGAGCAAUGCAAUGGGGAUUGACCUGACCUUCUUCCUUUUACUGGUGGGGGAGUCACAGUCUUGCUCCUGCCACCUACUUCUUCCUUUCCUUUCUCCAUUGGCUGUGUGUUUAAGUGAAAUUGAUGGUACUAGAAGAAGAAAAAGGAAAGAAUUCGCUGGCGAAUGAAUACUUGAUGAAAUAAGUAGUUGUUAUGGCAUUUUACCGGUGCAGAGAGUAUCAUUAUCAUGAGCAUUAUAACAAGGGUGACUCGACUCCCCUGAGUUUUGGGAGACUAGAAAGCUGAUACUAGGAAAAGGGUUUAGAAUGAGGAUUUGGUGAGAAUAGAGAGGAGGUUGGAAAUAGAAUCGAGAGAGAACUAGAUUAUAAGACGAGAAAGGACUGAGAUCGAUCGAAUUGGGAGAAUAGCGAGAAAUCGAGAUACAAAACAAAGAAUAUAAGAUUGUUAUUCUUUGUUUUUCGUUGAUCUUAACCGAAAGGCUAACCUACAAUAUAUAGGUUUCAACCUUUCAGCACAAAAUUCCGAUUAAUUAACUUUUCGAUCUCACAAUGACUCCUAUGAAGAACACUAAUGUAUUGCAAACUGACAUUCUUUAUUAAUGACGGUAAAGAACCUUAAAUACUUGGUGUUCGCACACGAUCGGCAGCCCUACUAAUCAGCUUGCAUGAUCUAAUUGACCCUGAAAUCACUCAAUAGAACUUAACAACCUACUUGACUCAAAUGUACAAACUAGAAACCAUGAGGACUAAAUGAAGACUUAGCCACAACACGACUUGACUUUAUUUUGCAGACUCACAAUUAAAAUGGUGCCGCUUCAGGCAUACAGCAACAACUUUCACACAAUCCUAAUCCGACUAGGAGAGGGAUUCCAGCUUCAGUUCAGAAAUUCAACAUCCUAAUCCUCUUGCCUGUGUCUCCGUAAAGGAACGCCAAUGAAGCACCAAGGUAAUCCUUAUAUUGGAUUAUCGUGUGAUAUAAAAUCAUAAAAAUAACGUUGUCAUGUAGUAGUAACAUCAACACGUGUAUUUAACGACUAGAAUCACAAACAAUGGCUCUCUCUCAUUUCACUUGUUUUCUUUUGCUAGGACUAGAUUCUAGAAGGGUUCUUUGCUUUUGGUUUUUUAACUAACUUCUGGUCUCAACUCUCAAGCAAAUUGCAAAAUGGGAAGACUGGUAUAGCUAGCAGUUUUCUACCUUCAACCCAAACUCCUCUUUUUGAAUUUCAAAGUCCAUGAAUUGAAAUCUCAAAGACUUGGGGGUUGCCCAUCAAACGAUACACAUUAACUAUUUAACAUAUCCAAAGUUCCAAACACCUGAAAGUGACAUUCACAAACAACUUUAGUUCAAUUUCUUUCCUAGUCAUGAACCCUAAUCAGGAUUGAUGCUGCUAGGAAAUGGUCUUGUUUGAAUUUCAAAACCCAUGCCGGUCCAAAAUCAUUCUUUUUUUGCCCCUUAAUUUUCCUUGCUUUGUGGUAGUAGGUGAAUAGGAACUUGACACCAACCCAUCAGUUAACAAAAACUAAUGGAAAACUUAAGUCAAACACGGAUUAGCCAUUGAUGAUGAUGAUCAUCAUCUUCCUCCUUUCCCUUUCAUGCUUAGUAAUCCUCUGUUCCAAAGCUUGUCAUUAUCCGAUUCUCUCAAAGUCCAAAGCUUUCCAUUUCAUGAGUGGGAGAGAGCCAAACUUUUGAGUGACUUUGAAGUUCUUAUGGGAAGGUAAAAAGAGGAGGGAGGCUAGGGCAAUAGGGCAUGCUCUCCCUAUUUUCAUUAUUGUGCCAUCAUGAUUGUGAGGAAGAGUGGGUAGAAAUUGAAAACGGCAAUGAGCAUUGCCAUGCCGGUCAAACCAUGGCAGUGGUUUUAUGGGUUUAAAGAGGAUGUAGACUUAGGACCCAACCUAUUUUUUCCAGGACCAAACCAUUGUCUGUCACCGAUUCCGAGAAGUGGCUAGUUAAAUAAACUGUCCAGAGAAUUUUAGAGUCACUGCGAACCCGUUAUAUGCUAUUUCGUUUCUUUUGAACGCUCAUUUGUUACAAUAACUUAACAUAACAGUCACUCCAUGCAUCUUUGGUCAAGUUUGUUGUCCAACUUGUCACAUAUUAACGUGCGGAAAUCACAUAAGUUGAUGAUGAAAUCGUCACAUGUAGACUAACGAGCUAACACGAGCAACUCAUUAUGACACACGCUCGAUCCAAACCGAACACGUUGGUCGUUCGUAUUAAAGAUCUCCAUAAUAUGUAAUCAUCCCAAUCCCUUUUGCUUCAUCCUACCCUAAUAGCUAAUAGGAGAGCCCGUGUACAUCUUGAUUAUUGUGUCUACUGUCUAGUGAAUUGAUCAUAUUCUCUGUUACUUAUUUCAAAUUUCAGUGACUGUUUAUGUUAAUCGUUAGAGUUUCAGUGACCAACUUGCUAUACCACAAAUUGGAGUAAGCUGCUGAUAGAAUUGACCCAUCAUGGAAAGAGGUGGGGCUGAGUUUCUGGUUUGGUUUUUUUUCGGAAAGGAAAAAGGACCACUUUAAUUUCCUCAUUACCAAUCUCAAAGGGAUGCCAUGAUUGAUUCACCAAUGCAUGCCCAAUUGGGCACACUCAUUUAGUUGGUCGAUUGGCAAGCAAAACUGCAACAAGCUACUACAACCCAUGGGGACCAACAAUACUAUCAUUUCCAAAAUCAUACCAUCAUAUCUCUUAAUCGACGGAUUACAAAAAUUAAUGACCUAUCUAGACAUAUCUCGUCUCUUAAUCCCGUCUACAUAAGAUAGCAAAACAUUAGAUCGAACAAUCCUUAUUACUCUUCCUCCUCGAAAAAUUUCAUGUAAUUUGAACCCCAGCCUCAUUUCAACCACGUCAACUUUAACCUUAUCAACUAGCUUCUGAGUGUAAUGGCCUGUGGGAAGACUUUGAAUUUUACAAAUACUUAAUGAAACUUUAAUUACGGC